AUAGGUAGGUAGCUAAUAAUAAUAAUAAUUUUUUAUAUAAAUUAUCUUUAUUGAAGUAGAGGAACCUGUAGCAAGAAUUUGCAAUAAAAUACAUCACUUUAUAUUAUGUUGAAGUUGUGUGAGGCCCACCUACCUCCCAUGGUACUGAGCGAAUGACAUAAUGUUAUGUUGCCAUGUUGGUGCUUCAACUUAAAUGUACUGGUCUUAUUGUCUUAAUAGCAUAAAAGACCGUUUGUGUCUAACCUACUCGUAAUGUGUUCACAACACAAUGAAAGCAUUUUUACAUUUCCUGAAAUCUCACAGAGGACUACGCCUCCUCAGCCCCCCCUCAACCGAGAAACGACAAUGUCUAGUUUAGGUAUAACUUCAGUAGUGCAGUGUAAGAUGUAACUGCAGUAAGGUGACGGCGAUAAAUUACAGCUACAUUAUUGAUAAAAUAACAACCGUUUUAGUUAUUAUGGAUACAACGAAAUAGAUGUUUUUCGUCGGAUAAAAUGAUAGUCAACCGCAGCAUCCGUUUGCCCAAAAUGUUUUGGUUGAACCUAUCCAUAUUUAUCGUGACUACUGGUCAGUGGUGGAUUUACCGGGACACGGUGUCGGCAGCGGAGACGGAGGUGGUUGCCGGACAAGAUGAGUCGUUGUUUGACUUAGGCAGCGCAGCCAACGACCGAUCGGAUUUAAGGUACUUCCAACAACAAGUGAACAGUUUAAUGACGGUCUCGUCCGUCGGUCAACCGAUCGUCAGACACACGCUUGGCGUGGUGCCGAAACCUACCCCGUGGCGGUCCCGGCUGUCCGGCGGCUUUUUCAAACAGCCCCAUCUGAAUGCCAUCGAUAAAAAGGCCGCCGCUCGCCGUCGCGUCACGCACCGUCCAAAAGACGCCGCCACUGGCCGCGACGGUGUGGAUGGCGUUACCGGCGACGACUUCACCGACGGCGGUGGUCCGAAGACUACGACGGCCGCCACUGCAGCCCGAAUGCUGUUCGGCACCGAAAACGAAUGCGUGUCGACCAAUCCCGGGCGGGCUUGCGUGUGUUACAUGACCGACUUUUUGGAUCUGAUCUGCCAACGUUUGAAUGAGGCGGCGACUGCUGGCGACGUUGACAAUGAUGACGAGACGGUCGCGUUACCGUGUCCGUCGUUCAAGCCAGUGCCUGUGGCGUUUGUCAUUUAUCCCUCUACCGCGACAGACGGCGGUGGGACGAAUACGGCUUCGACCGAUGCCGCUGUCGUGCGCGUGGAACACUCGGCUGAUGUGAUAAUUGAGCGAAGAAACGGCAGUAAAAGAAGAGGACGGGGCCGAGGUGGUGGCGGCGACGAAAAGGCUGUGGCACCGGCCCCCGUGUGGAAAGAAAUAGAUUUUGAUAAUGUUGUAAACUACCGACUGGAGAAGUCCUCGGAUGAUCACUACGCAGUGCAAUACAGUCUUGUCGGAGGCGACGCCAAAGUCCCAUGUUUGAUCAACGGCAACGGAACAAGAAUGAAUUCAUUCAAAUGGGAUUUUAAAAAGAGCAAACAUAAAACGAAUUCUACGAUAACCGGCAACGACACGAAUAUUCUAUUGAUAUUGGGCUUGGAACCAGGAGACAGCAAUAAUUACACUUGCAUACCAACAACGGAUGGGGUAGAAAACUCUAAAAAUGUCACUUCUUACAAGCAUUACGUUGUAGCCGUCGAAAAUGCCAUUUACGAGAUCCGAGGCUUAGCAAUUUACAAGACCCGCGGUGGCGGUGGCUGUACGCAUGAAAUAAUCGUUUCUGUGCAAAAACAGUUGCCCAGUUCCAUACGUACCGAACUAUGUCCCGAGGGAUCGUCGCAGUACGCGUGCAACGUUGUCCUUGAUCAACCAAAGUGUACCGAAGACAAAAGAACAAUGGAAAUAAAAUAUUUGGUAACGUUAAACGACAAGGCCAAUUAUUUGGCUCGGAUCAGAACUAGCAAAAAAGGCCGAAUUGCUCUGCGCUAUCAAAAACUACUGGCGAGAAUAUCCAAUGUUCUAGCUUCAAACCUUAACAAAAUGUUGACAGUUCAAAUAAUGUCCAAGUUGUCAUUGAUUGACACACAUUUUGAACCAGACAACAGCCGAAUGAAUAUGAGAAAUUUUGUUUCCUGUGCAGCAGGUUUCGGCAUUCGGGAGGUGUUUUGCGCUGCUUGUCCGCCACACCAUUACAGUCCGGAUAAGUCUAUUGAAUGUUUGAAAUGCGUCAAGGGUUUCCAUCAGCCGGUUGCCGGAUCGGAGAAGUGCGUAAGGUGUCGAAAUAUUUUUGCCAGUGGCUGUUAUAUGAAAGAAGUUUCACCAGCAGUAUAUUGGUUUGUGGGUUUCUUGAUUGUAUUGAUCUGUUCAGUCCUCGUGAUUUCUUGUGCAUGUUGUUGCCGUGAAGAGAACGAAAAAAGCAUUAAGAUAAUACCAAGGAAAAUUAGGAACAAAUUCAAAAAAACUAAAAGGUUGAGUAUGCCGUCUUCCACCCAAAUGGAAGAUACAUCAGGCAAUAGUAGUGUUAUAAGCCAGAGCUAUGGAAAAUUUAAAAACCUAUUAAAGUUUAAAAAAAAAUCUAAAUCUAAAAUAAUCGAUUCAAAAAUAUCAUUCAAUAACGUACACGAAAAAUAUGGUCAACUGAUACAGGAUGAUCAUGUUACCAAAGAAGAUAAUAAGACUAAUUAACUUCUUAUUUUUGUAAAAACUGUGUAUACUUGAUAUCUUUCUUCUACUACCUAUAUUGUAAUACAUAAAUCUUUUUUUGUCUUUAUAUUGAAUAAUUAUUUCAACUACCCAUCCCAUCUAGUAUUUACACUUAUGUAAAUAUGUUCUUACAGAAGUAUUUACACAGCUGCAAGUAUCAUCCGUCGAUUAUUUCAAAGAUAUAAUUGGAUAGGUCUAGGCAGACUAACUUGGAUACAAAGAAAAAGAAUUCCAAUCUUUUUACUUCCCAUAUGGGGAAUUGCAAUGAAACAAAACAAUUAAUAAGCAAAAAAUAAUAAAUCUAUUAAAA